AGUUAGUUUAGUUUGCUGCAAAAGGGAAACGCUAAGUACUGCAUUUGAAAUUAAAAUGUCUUGGAAUAUAGUUAUAAUUCUAGUGAUCACAAUAUGUUUGAGUGUUAACGCAGAAUUUCCUAAUGAUCCUAAACCCUGUAAAUAUGGAGAUGGGGAAUGUGUUAGAGAUGUAAUAAAUGUUCUGCUUAAAGAUAAUAUACAAGGCGAUGCUUCAAUAAAUCUGCCAUCACUUAAUCCAUUGAAAUUCAAUAGCACCCGCAUUCAACAAGGUGAAGAUAGUCCAGUUAAUUUAGAUCUACUGUUAAUAAAUAGUAAUAUGCAUGGACUCGAAACAGUUAAAGCCAUUAAAGUCAAGGGUUUUGGCAAAGACUUAACCAAAAAACAUAGUCUUGUUUUUCACACCGAUUAUUUGAGUGCAGUCGGAGACUAUGAAAUUAGUGGAAAAAUUUUGAUACUGCCCAUAAAGGGUAGUGGUAAAUCCAAUAUAUCUAUGGUUGAUGUCGAUAUAUUUAUGAAUUUCAUGGGUACUCCUGUUGAGAAAGAUGGUGCAACAUAUAUGCAUAUCGAGGUCCUAAACGUGGAUACGGUACCCAAAAAGAUGGUUUAUAAUGUGCAAAAUUUAUUUAAUGGCGACAAGGCAUUGGGCGAUAAUAUGAAUUUAUUUUUAAAUGAGAAUUGGCAAGAAAUCUAUAAUGAAGUACGAGGUUCUUUAAACAAAGCAUAUGGUGAUGUUUUUAAGGGUAUCAUUAAUGCGGUUUUUAGUAAAUAUCCUUAUGAGAAAUAUUUCACCGAAUGAAUACAAUGAUUUGUAGUAAAAUAAUAAAAGCCUU